GAACGGCUAAUCACCUGGGCGGGAUAAACUCUACUUUUGACGGCAUGCUGUCUACCAACGUAAUCUUGACAGAUAAGAGUACUUCGACAGCCAUACUAUCGACACUUGGAGCGCAUUGACGUCACUUUAUUCAUGUCGGCGAUGUUCGUAGCCGCUGGUUACAGCCAUCCCGUACGGGCCACUUUGCUAAAGUUACCUCCGAGUGAGCUAGCACGCUUCGACUAGCCUUCAUCGUCGGCCCGGCUAGCUCAUGUCUUGUGCGGCUUGGAGCGUCCAAAAGCCUGCGACAUCACCCCCGCCACACCGGGUGCCUCUCCCACGCCGCUGUUUGAUGGAAGGGUGAGGGGGGAAACAAUGUUAAGAUUCCUCCACAUUGUGCUAACAGGUCUUUUAGGUGUUCUGCGGGACAGAGUCACUGCCUUCGACAGCAUCCGACUUGUAGAUGGUGAGAACAAGUGUUCCGGGCGUGUUGAGAUCCUUCGACACAACCAGUGGGGAACGGUUUGUGACCACGGCUGGGACCUCGUGGAGGCCAACGUGGUGUGUCUGGAGCUGGCCUGCGGCUUGGCGGAGUCUGCCCACCACCGAGGGUCUGGGCCUGGCAAGGGAGAGAUCUGGCUGCGGCACAUCCAGUGCUCGGGACACGAGUCCAGUUUGAACCGCUGUGCGGUCGUCCUCCAUAGUAGCUCCCAUUGCACACAUGACAAUGACGCAGGAGUAACAUGCUCAGGUACACUUUUCAUGCCCAUCCUCUCCCUAUUAUCACCCUACAAUGUGUUCUCUGCCGGGGAGGCAGUUCGCUUCAGCUGCAGCGUCCUGCUGGCUCACAUCAGUGACUUCCACCUGUAUAAGAACGGCCUGUCCAAACCCGUGGUGACUCAGAGGGUGGACCAAAGCCAGACCCGGGUGGAGCUGACCGUGUCCGACAUUGAGACGUUCCAGCAGGGCAGCUAUAGUUGUCGCUACAGUAUCAGAGGCAGCUCGCCUUCUCAGUUGCUCGGCUCACCACCCAGCAACUCUGUCAACAUUACUGUGGUGGAGCUCCUGACUCCCCAACACUGGUACAACACGUCGUCUGACGCCCCGGCUGGUUCCGUCCUUAAGGGCCACAGUUUUAACAUCACAUGCUCCACACAGCAGGAGUACCCCGGAGGCUCCUUUCAGCUGCGGCUUAUCCGCUCCAACGGCACGGUGCGGCAGUCUCUGCCGGCCCUCGCCCCUUCCGUCACUUUCACCUUCCCCAGCGCCCAAAGCUCCAAUGAGGGCUACUACUACUGCCUGUAUCGAGUGCAGCUGGGGGGGCGCACAUUUAUCUCCAGAGAGAGCCAGGCUCUGCCCAUCGCUAUAAAAGACCCAGAUCCAGUUCUGAGUCCAGUGGUGAUCAGCUGGCUUGUUUCUGGUCUGACAUUUGUUGUAGCUGUCAUCAUAAUCGUCAUUGUGGCCAAAGUGCUGUGCAACAAGGAAAAAAGGCCCUCUGAACUGGAGCGGGAAACCCGAUCAUGUGUGGAAAACACAUAUGUUGCCUUAUCAGUUAACAAGCUAUGAUGGCGUACGCAGGCUAGCGCAUGGCUGAAGUCGGCAGGGCCGAAAUUCUGGUCAUGCUGGAUUCAGGCAGCAGAAGCUGUACCACAGAACCAAAAGGUCGGAAUCCACAAAAACAACCAGUUCAGUACAGUCCGGAUCAUACCAGGUUUCUACUUGGUGAUAAUGUUGUUUUGGAUUUCAUAAAAUGUUCAGAUUUCUGUAUCUAGCCAUAAAAAACAAACAUCUGAACACUUUGGGCCUUCUCUUUAGCCUGGUUCACCAAAUGGCAUUGCCAAGACAAAUUACAGCGAACAAAUGAAAUGUCAUCCCUGCUUUUAACGCAUCCCAGUGAACACGACAAACACGUUGUUAGUGACACACUAGUGCAGGUGUCCUGAUGACAGCAUCUGUAAGCAUCCCACAAACUGUUAAAUCUAACCAUGGGAUUCUUUAGGUGUCUUCUUUACUGUGUUGAUGUAGUUCGGUUUUAUUUAUGUUAAAGGGGUCAGAUUAUAUGUCAAAUCUACAUUUAACACACCUCUUUGUGUUCUUUACAACCAAUAAUGGUACUCAAACAUUGGUUUUAAAGAAUCAUCUUCAAGAACCUUGAAAACUACCGUAGUUGUUUCAGGGUCUGUCUUUUUUAGAUGCAAAUGAUCUCCUCCACGUCUCGUCCCCUCCAGCUGACUGAGAUUGUUUCCACGCCCCAUUAGACAUUUUUGUAGUUCUCAAGGUACGUUUUGUUGGCCUUACCAAAAAAUACAAGAUAGAAUGAUGUAAGUAAGUUAGAAAAAUAUAAGUUAAAACGGCAACAGGUACACGCUAAUGCAGUGGUCCCCAACCUUUUUGUGAUUGUGGACCGGUCAACGCUUGAAAAUGUGUCCCACGGACCAGACCGGGGGUGGGGGGGUUUGUCAAGAAAAAAAUACAAUCAUGUGUGCUUACGGACUGUAUCCCUGCAGACUGUAUUGAUCUAUAUUGAUAUAUAAUGUAGGAACCAGAAAUAUUAAUAACAGAAAGAAACAACCCUUUUGUGCGAAUGAGUGUAAAUGGGGGAGGUUUUUUGGGUUGGUGCACUAAUUGUAAGUGUAUCUUGUGUUUUUUAUGUUGAUUUAAUAAAUAAAAAAUAAAAUUG